AUGGAACGUCAGCAAGGCUCCCUUAUUCUCGACCCAAGCGCCGUCUCUGCAUACCUUUUCCUGGAGCUGUCUCAUCAGCUCUCCAACUUUGUCGUGGAACUCAGUGGGCAUCGGAUGGACAAAUUUGGUACCAUCUGGAUGCAGGAUUUCGAGACCAUGGUUGCCGGCAUAGAUUUCAAUCCGGCCGUCGGUGUGAUAUCGUUGGGAUCCGACUCUGGAAUGGGUUCCGUGGGAUCGUUCAGAUGUAUGCCUGGCCAUCCCACCCACAGGCCAUUUCCGUUGAUCACCACCGGAGCUACGGCUGUUACCAAACCACCAGCACUUAACAUCAACAUUCCCUUCAAAACUAAUAAUCCUAAACAGGUGUCAGAUUCAAGAGCGAUAAGAAUUUUAUGCGGACUAUCCAAGUUCGUACAGAAGAUAUUAGCAAAGGAACUAAUUGAUUAUUUAAACACGAAUACUAUACUGCCUUCCACGAUGUCGGGAUUUUCAGCAGGCUUCAGCAACUGCACUGCUUCAUAUAACGGACAAUACAAUACAAUUGUUAGACCAGGAUCAGUCCUUGUGCUGUUAGAUUCUAGUAAGAUUUUUGACAAGAUGCCAAAUAUUUAUAAAAGAGAAUCAUUGGAGAGUGCCAAAUGGACCGAGGAGCAACUGAAAUCCGCAAUGAGUACUGUUAAAGAUGAGGGAUUAUCUGUACGUCAGGCUGGAAAAACUUACGGUAUUCCGAGAAAGACAUUGGAAAGGCGAAAGAAUGAAGACCCUAAGAAAAAAUUGGGUCCAGAUACUACUUUUGGAGCUGCACAUGAAAACAGACUGGUUCGGCAUAUUAAAGAAAUGCCAAAAGUGGAUCUCCAUUUACUAGAGAUGAUUCGCGAACCGUAGCUUAUAAAUUUGCUGUUCAGCUGGGCUUAAAACAUAAAUUUAAUAAUCGGCUUCAGAAAGCUGGUUAAGUUUGCCUGCAUUCAUUUCUCACCAGAGAUCCACAAAUAUCAGUUAGAAAAGCAGUAAGUUUGCCGUUGGCGAGGUGUACAGCAAUCUCUAGAAAGGUGGUAGUUGAUAACUUUAAAGUACUGCCGAGUGUUCUGGAAGAAAACAAUAUCUUGAUAAACCCGAAAAAUAUUUUUAAUA